AUGCUCAAGUCUCUUCCGUUCAUGCCGCCUGUAUGGGCAUCUGCACUGCGUCAGCCCCCGAUUCAAAAGCUGUGUUUGGGUCACUUCCCAACCCCAAUCCAUUCGUUUUCACCACCAGGUCUUCCUGAUAACGUGCAUAUGUUUAUCAAACGUGAUGACUUUAGUGGCAUGGAGACAUCUGGGAACAAGAUUCGCAAGCUCGAGUUCCUGCUGGCUGACGCUCUGGUGCAAAAGGCCGACUGCAUUGUCACAUGUGGCGGUAUCCAAAGCAACCACUGCAGAGCUACAGCUGCUGUUGCUAGGAUGCUCGGACUCGACUCGUAUCUGCUAUUGCGCUCGAACAGACCAGAUAAUGAUCCAGGACUGAUUGGAAACGUGCUAUUUAACCGAAUGCUGGACGCCACUAUCAUACAAAUGUCUCGUCAGGAGUACAGUAAAUAUGGCAGUGAAGCUAUGAUCAAGCGCACUUGUGACCGGUUGAGAGAGGAAGGCCGCUGUCCAUAUGAUAUCCCGGUUGGCGGGAGCAAUGGAUUGGGUACAUGGGGGUACGUUCAUGCUAUUGAUGAGAUUAACAACCAACUGAAGGAAUACAAAUUACCAAUUACCGACAUUGCUUUUGCUUGUGGAAGUGGAGGAACUGCGGCUGGAAUUGGUCUCGGAUCGUAUCUGUAUGCCAAGGCUUAUCCAGACGCAGCUCUUCACUUUGAUGGCAAAAUUCCCGUGCACGCAUACAUUGUGUGUGACAAUGAUAAAUACUUCCACAGCCACAUUGAUGGUCAUAUUCUGCCUGCAAUGGGAGCAUUAUCCGAGAUCUCGUCACGUGAAUUUCUUCAGAUUACUAAUGCUCAAGGUAUGGGCUACGCUCGUAGCACCACUAACGAGCUUGAGUUUGUCUACAACGUAUGUCGUAAAACUGGAGUGCUCAUGGAUCCUGUAUACUCGGGGAAGGCACUUUUCCAUCUUAUUCAAGAGCUAAAUGAGGCUUCAGAGAAAUUUGUAGGAAAAACAAUUCUCUUUGUGCACACGGGUGGUCAAUUUGGUAUGUAUGACAAGGUUGAUGCUUUGAAAGACGUUCUUCGUCCGGACCACGUGUCUCGAUUUGUGAUGGAGUAG